AGACGAUCGAAAAAUUACACCAUGGAGGCUAUAAAGGAACAAUGUAAAAACUAUAUGUCAGAAAAAGAAAUAAUUCCUUUGUUAGAAGCGAUAACUUCAGGAAUUUUACAUUAUACACCAGAAGAUCCUGCACAGUUUGUACAAGACGCUAUAUGUUUCUUAAAGAGACAUCCUGAAACAGUGAUAAGUUGGGAUAUGUUUAUAAAAAGACAUCCCGCCAAACCAGAUUCUGGACCUCCAUCAGUAUCAACACCUACUCUGGAUGAUCCUUUAGAAGAUGUUUUACAAGACUUAUAACUUUCUCGCACCGGGCUUGUGUUCUAAUUGUUUCUGCACGGAAGCUGAUUUUGAUUGAAGUGUGCCAAGAAUAUAAGAUCAUAACUACUCAAAAACAUUUCCUUUUUUACAUACUACUAAUAAAAAAGGUUUCUCUAUUGUUCAAAUUAACUCACACUGUCCUUUUUUUUUGCCGCUGUUAAAAGUGACAUUGUAAUUUCCGAUAGAUAAUCAAAAACUAAAUAAUUGAUUUGUCCCUUUUGUACCAAUUGCCGAGCUAAUAAAAAAGUAGCUAAUUAGUUCAGUCAUGACAUAGUUAUGUUUAUCCAGUUUUGAACCUGAUGUGGCUGUAUCACCCCAGAAUCCGCUGGCACAGCCGAUUCGAACUGUGUCACCUCCCAAUUCUUUAUUGAAUCGUCCAUUUGACGAAUAGUGCUUAUAACCACAAAUAAUAGGAAUGCAUUUCUGACUUUUUGUUCUUAAAACUUGAUGAGCUAAGGUUAACAUAUUUAGCCGAAUUAUUGAACUUUAGCGCUGACUUACAACAUAAUAUGGUUAAUGUAUCCGCGCCGAAAGUAUGGCUACCGUUUUAGAAUUGGAAAGCUUACCUGACAAAAAUAACCCACUGUCAAGGUUAUAUAUCGUUAAGAUGGCUGCAGCAAGACAAGUUGCCUCUUCUGGACUUCGGCAAACAUUAAGUAAAUUUCUCUUCAACCGAGCCUACUACCCUCAGCUUGGUUUGUUGACCGAUGAUACCUUGAGGGAAACUGAAGUUGUUACGGAAGCAAUUCGCCGACUUCCCGACAAUUUGUAUGAUGAGAGAAUGUUUAGGAUAACUAGAGCGCUUCAUUUGUCCCUGAAAAAAGAAACUCUUCCUAAGGCAGAAUGGACCACCUUUGAAACAGACGUCAAGUAUCUAACUCCGUUCGUUGAAGAAGUUGAAAGGGAAUUUCAAGAAAAAAGAGAAUGGGCCGCAAAAUAA